UGAAAAAUAAAAUAGAAUUACACUUUAGAUGUUCACAACAAGUUUUUGGUUUAGUUGUUACUACAAAGGUGAAAAAGUGAUUAGUUUUUACCGUAUCUCGCGACAGACCGCUCGCCUCACUUGAAGCGCCCUUGUCCUAACUCCUUUCAGUAUAAGUUUCGCCAUUUGUGGAAUUUAAUAAUUUCAAAUUUAUUAAAAUUGCUUUUAUUACAGAGACGACUCCAUUUUUCAGGCAUUUCAUGCCUCCCCGUGCGCUCUUAGAAAGGCUAUGGGACAUGGGUAUUAGCGAAACCAAAUAAACUCGGUCUAUUACACCAAAAUGACCAUUAAAGAACGAAGUAACCCAUCAAAAGCUACUAAACGUGAAGUGCAACAGCUUUCACAUAUUGUAGUUACCGACUCAUCUGGAAAGAUCGUUGACUUGCUGGAGGUUUUGGAAAAAGGUCCAUUUACGUUAACUGGUCUAGUGCAGUUGGAAGAAAAUGAAGAACCGGAUCCAUUAAUCGACAGUACGAUUGUUCUCGGGCAUCCAAUAAAAAUUUCGCCAAUAUGGACGUACAGUCUAAAGGACGAUCCAGUGAACAAAACUACGACUGUGUGGAUCCUUACUCCUACGAAACAGUACGGCGUUCUUGGAGCUUCGAAAGAAUAUUCCUCAAUAUAUAACACUAUGGUAGAAAAAUUACGACUCUUCUAUAUCAUAAAAACAAAAUUUAAGAGAGACAUGAUGAAGGGAACUCUUGAAGAUUACAACGAAUAUAUUGUUGACAUCUAUCGUUGUCUUAUUUUGAAACACAAGUUUGAGGCCUCCUUCCUUGUAUAUAAACAUAUUCGCUUUCUCAUAUCCCAAAUGGUUGGAUUUUCUUCUUCUCAUGUUUGGGAAGAAUCCCCAUUCUUUCAAAGAAUACGCGAAUCAAACUUGCAUAUAAUAAAUGAUGUGAAUGAGGCUAUUCAUAAAACUCGUUUGAAACGUAAGGAUUCUAAAGCUAAGGUUUCAAGCAAUAUCAUAAAAACGGAACUUACGCUACAAGCACCGUCAUCAAUUUCCAUCGAUACUCGACAGUUUGACAAACGUCUUUACAUUUCACAUAGAACAACUGCCUUAUUUUUCCCAAAUAACUCAAAAACUGUUCCAGGUUUGCGAAUAGUGGAACCGAAUAAUGAAGCAGAUGAACUUUGGAAAACACUUCAAGAUGUCUACAGCGGAUGUAAUACUCCAUGGGACAUUCAAUCACUUUCUUUUUGGGACUGGUGUAAUCUUAUGUCCACAAAAUUUAAGGAAACACCCUUGCAAACGCGAGUACGAAUUGAAGGACAUGCGGAGGCGCUUCUUUAUUACAUGCAGUCAUUCCCACAUUGGUUAAGUUCUUAUUUGUUUGUAUCCCUUAAAGAGUUUUGUGGUUAUUCGGUUAAUCUUCAGGAGGCGCGUUCCCUGUUUCGAGUGAAAGCAAGGUCUGCUCUUCGGCUGGCUCAAACAGACAGGGAAAGUAUGGAUGGAAAAGUAGAUGCCACAGAAGAAGAUGUUCUCAAAGCCCAACUGUGGGAAACUUUGGUCAAGAAGGCGUACUUCGGACUACCAAGUUCGGAUUACAUGAAGGAUCAAUACACAAAAGAUAUAAUAAAUUGUUUGAAGUUUACUUCAAUGCAUGCAGAGUCCGCACUUCUCAACCAUAUCCCAUAUCUAGUGAGGCGGAUGAACGCAGACAAUAUUUAUUGGUGCUCUUUGAGCAUAUAUCACGAAUUUUAUAAUAUUUUGGAGACUCUAUAUUCAGAAUCGUUGCCGGAUAUUCCUUCAAUAUGGUCAAAACUCGUUCUUAACUCACAUGGUAUUAAACCAUAUACGAAAAAGGGCAGAUCACAUUCAAGCUCAUCUAAAAAUGCAAACUCAAUAGUGGACACACUUCUUCCUGAAAAUUCCACAAAGGUUAAUUCGCUUUUGGAAAAGUCAAAACAUUAUUUUCAUCGUCAACGGAAUUUACCGCUUUUAAAAAAAAUUAGACUUGUUGACAUUCAAAAAAACUCUCAAGUGCUUUGGAAGUGCCCGGUAAAUACGUGUACUUACUACGCAGUUCAUAAGGGAACUAUAAACGAUGUAAAUGGUAUUCUCAACCACAUAUACCAUCAUCUUGGACCAAAUCAUAAACUAAAUAGCAGAACCAAAGACACGAUCAGGCUUAUAGAAUUUCUCGAUACCUUAUCGGGAAUUUGAGUAGCCAUGAAAUACAUACUCGCUCAAUUUAAUCAAUAUGUACCAAAGUAAUUCCAAAUUUCACUGUUAUACUAAAGACUCAUUCACAUGAGUUGAAGGUCAUAAAUUUGGUUAUUUCUGUCGUGAUGAAUUUGAGGCCGACAUGCUAUAUUCAACCUGUUCUUUAGAAUCGUAGCUUCAUUCAAUGCGGGGAUUUUAUAGCAGAGGAAGUGAUAAAAAUCGUGAAGAUCCUAAGGACAUUACAGCGCGUUGAGAUGUGGGCCCAUAUGUACCGGAAGGGAACAAUAAAACAAUGUGUGUUCUUAAUAGAACUUUUUCUUUUCGUCCACAGAUAUCUUUCCAGGACCGGUGUUAACUAGAUACAAUAAGCCACCAAUGAUGGACAAAGUUUGAAAGAAAUCUAUACUUGUAAGUACAACGGACACGUUUAGCAAACUUACCAUAACGGUAAAAAUCACGAUGAGGACUAUCUUUAGGAAGAGUCCAAAAGCUGUUAAUAAUAAAAUUGGAGAUGCUUAAGAUGAAAACGAGGAUAGUCGCAGAAACCUUGGCCUUGAAACCAAUAACGACCAUAACACAAGCAAUGGCUGACAUGAUGUGAACUAAGAUCCGAGUAGGUGUGCGAUUCGUUUCUUUUGCCAAGAGACCAAUAAACAUAAAAAUAAGCAAG